UCCCCUCCUGCUGUAUAUGGGGGUCGGAGGCUCUUGGGCAGGAUGCGGGGGAGGGGAAGGUUACCCGGGGGGGUUCCCCAAAUGUGGCCACAGGCCUGUGCCCCAAAGGGCAGGGGAUGGGCCACAGGCAGGGCCACCAGUGCCCGGCCUCGGCCCUUCCCCCCAUCAGUGGGCCAGCUGCCGCCCAUGGGGAAAAAGGAAGGCGGGGGGGGCAGGGAAAGGGGAACGUUCCAGCCCCCCCAGCCAGCCCCUGGGCCGGAUCCCGGCCGGUGCCCACCCCAGCGGGGACAGUCCCCUGUGCCCCAUUCCCUGGCCUCUGAGCCAGCCCUGGUUCCAUGGGGGGCAGGUGCCCAGGGGGCUGGGGUCUCUUCCACUCCCAUCAGCCUGCCAGCUGGUCUCACACUUCCCCAUUCCCCCAGCCCCACCGCCCCCCCAGCUCUGUAGCUGCCCAAGAAAUUAAAGUGCCCAGCAAACAAAUUGAUGGCCCGGACUCCUGGGUCCCUUCCCUGCUCCACCCUGCCCACCGCCAGCCCCAAACUCCUGGGUCCUUUCCUUGUUCCUCUGGUCCCGGACUCCUGGGUCCCUUCCCUGCUCCUCCUGCCCCGGACUCCUGGGUCCCUUCCCUGCUCCACCCUGCCCACCGCCAGCCCCAAACUCCUGGGUCCUUUCCUUGUUCCUCCGGUCCCGGACUCCUGGGUCCCUUCCCUGCUCCUCCAGCCCCGGACUCCUGGGUCCCUUCCCUGCUCCCUGGGCACCUGGGCGCCCCCUGCUGACGCUGCCCCACCUGCAGAGCUGCGUGGCCAGCUGGGUGAGCAGCAGCGGGGGCGGGAGGCCCAGGCUGAGGCCCGGCUGCAGCUGCUCCAGGACAUGGGCGAGUUCCUGCGGCGAAAGUCCGAGCUGGAGCAGGAGUAUUCCCGGGGGCUGGAGAAGCUGUCAGAGAGAUUCACCACCCGGCUGCGCUGGGCCAAGGAGCACCCCAGGAGAGAGCAGGACCCGCCAUCCCCUCUUCAGUGCUGGCAGCUGGUGCUGAAGCAGACCCGCCAGGCCGGCCGGGACCACGGGGCCCUGAGCGAUAUUUAUGCGGGGUCCCUGUCGCUGCACCUGGCCCAGCUCAGCGAUGACCUGGGGCGCGCAGUGAAGAAGAGCCGAGACCUGGAGCAGCAGAUGCAGGACGAGCUGCUGACGAUGAUUUCCGAGCUGCAGAUGGCUAUGAAAGCCUACCAGACGCACCACGCGGAGAGCCAGAGCGCCGAGAACAAGCUGCGGGACGCCGAGCGGCAGGAGGAAAAGAGGGGGGCCCGGCAGCCUGCCGAGCCGGGCGGCACCGGGCCAGACAAGACCGGCCGGCGCUCCUCCCUCCGCAAGGGGGAACGGCUGGUGGAGAAGCGUCACGCCCGGUUCCUGGCAGCCCAGGCGAAGUGCACAGGGGCGCGGAACGAUUAUCUCCUGCACCUGCGGGCCACAAACGCCGUGAUCAGCAACUACUGCCUCCGGGACGUCUCCGACAUACUCGACUGCUCGGACCUCGGGUUCCAUCUCUCCCUGGGCCGCCUGCUGCGGACGUACCUGGCGGCCGAGGGCCGGGCCCAGAGCUCCUGGCAGGAGGGGCUGGGGGUUCUGGAGGGGGCCGUGCUGGCCCUGGACCCCCCCGGGGACAAGGCCCGGCUGAUGGAGGCCAACCCAGCCACUUACUGCCCUCCCCCCCGCUUCGAGUACCACCCCCAUGAAGGCGACGAGGUGUCGGAGGUCCAGGCCGUGGGGUCCCUGUGCCCGGAGCUGCUGCUGCAUAGGCAGGACAUCGAGGCGCGGCUGAAGGACCUGAGCCUGGAGACCGAGGAGGUGUACAAGACGCUGCAAGCCACAAUGAGCAGCUUGCGGGAGCUGCUGGGGGCCGAGGAGCCCGAGGUGCUGGAGGCCUUCGGGGGGCCCGGCUCGGUCGAGUCGCUGAAGGGGGCUGGUGCCGAGGGGCGCAGCGGGGCCAAGAGACGGGCCCAGCAGCUGGAGACAGAGACUUUCUACCUCACGAAGCUGGAGCUGUUCCUGACCCGACGGAGCAUCAGGGCGAAGUUACAGUCAAAGCUGGAGAUGCUGGACGAGGCCAUUGCGAAGGUGGCCCCUGAGGACGGAGAGGAGCUCAGGGCCCCUCCGCGCGCCUCCCUGCCCCGCGUCCCGGCCGCAUUCGCCUCCUUCCCCACAGACCUGGAGGACUUUGUGCAGAAAUCCGGCCAGGCCAUCCCGCUGGUGGUGGAGAGCUGCAUCCGAUUCAUCAACCUGCACGGUCUCCAGCACGAGGGGAUCUUCCGGGUGCCGGGGUCGCAGAUGCGGGUGACUGAAAUCCGGGAGGCCUUCGAGAGAGGCGAGGACCCCCUGGCAGGCGGCUCCUACCCCCGUGACCUGGACUCGGUGGCCGGGGUCCUGAAGUUGUUUUUUCGGGGGCUGCAGAAGCCCCUGAUUCCGCCGGACGUCUUCCCAGAGCUGCUGGCGACGGCCGAGCUGGAGUGCCCAUCCGAGCGCAUCUCCCACCUCCGCGCCCUCCUGGCCCGGCUCCCGGGGCCCGUGGUCGUUGUCCUGCGAUAUCUCUUCGCCUUCCUCAACCACGUGUCCCAGUACAGCGAGGAGAACAUGAUGACCCCCUACAACCUGGCCGUCUGCUUCGGGCCCACGCUGGCAGCCGCCCCACCCGGCCUGGACCCCGUCUCCACUCAGCCCCACGCCAACGAGGCCGUGAAGAGCCUGAUCCUGCACCCCGAGGCCACCUUCCCCCCCCCCGACCAGCUGCCCGGCCCCCUGUACGAGAGGUGCCUGGCGCUGCCUGACGAGGACAGCGAGAUGCUGCCCCUGGACCCCGCAGCUGAGGAGAGCGAGGGGGACGGGCCCCCCGAAACAUUGGCCAUGGCCAGCGAGGACGACCCGGAGGGCCCCCCCGAGGCCGUGGCCCGGUUCUCCUACGAGGGGCGCUCGUCCCAGGAGCUCUCGUUCCAGCCCGGGGACCGGAUCCGGCUGCUGGCCAAGGCCUCCCCAGACUGGUGGCGCGGGGAGCUGGGGGGGGCCCGCGGCCUGGUGCCCCACAAGUACAUCAGCCUGACCCCCAGCACCGAGAAAAGCCAGAGUCGCCGAACCUCGGGGUCGGACGGAGACACUGCGUCCCCCCCACCUGAGCCAACAUCAGAGUUAACCAGCAGGCUGCGGGUGAACUCGGAGGGCAGCCGGGGGCGCCAGCGACCUGGUACCAGCCCCAUCCGCAAAGUGGCCUCCCCCUUCAUCGACUCGGGGCGUCUGCCCUUCCCCCUUCACUCCCCCACCGCCCCCCGGGCUUUUGACAGGAUGGAGCGGGGGGCUCUGGGGAUUGGACCCCCCGGCGGAGGUCGCCUGAAUAGUGGAGAGAGACAAGGGGCACCGGAGAAGCACAUGGAGAUGGAUAAGGCCGUGACGCGAAACAUGGACUCCGUGUUCAAGGAGCUUCUCAGCAAAAGCGGGGGACGGCAGGGGGGGCCCGAAGGCGUCCCCGAGCCCCCAGAUCCCCCCAGAACCGCCCUGGCCGGGAAGAGGGGCCCCGGCCCCCCCAAACCCGCCUUCGGUCUGCGCAGCAAAGGGCUCUUCAAAGCUGCCGGGAACGGGGAGUGAGCCCCCCCCCCCAACUGCCGCCCGACAUCCUCCGGGCCAAACCCAUGCUCGUGCCCAUGGGGCUCCCCUCUGCAGGGGGCUCCCUGCCCCACGCUUUGAGCAUAGCUUUGUACCCGUGGGAGGGGGAAGCUGCUGUCCAUUGGGGGCCUCUCCCCCAAAUAAAGUUUGCUUAAAUUC